CAAGCUUCUCAGACGAUCGAACAGUUUGAGCUGAGAACGCUUGGAGUGAGGACGUCGUUGGCAUCAUAAGAUAACUCAGAGUGGCUGCAUCUAGUAUACGAAGCCAGACAACAACAGCAUUUGUUUAUAUUUCCACAUAGGCCGCAUAUAAAUAAAUUAUGAAAUCAGUGGCGUUGCACAAGUUCCUCGCUUUCUUUCCGCUGCUGAUUGCCUGCGCGUGGAGCCAUCCAUUGAAUUCAACUCAUCAACAAGCAGCUUAUCAGGAAGAACCACCGGUUCAGAGACCCGUUAUCUUUAUAAAACAUAAUUUAAGGGCUGAAGAUGCCGAGAACUACCAGAUUGCAAUACCCAAGGAUCCCAAAGCGGGGGAGCCUUGUCUUACGAUCACUUGGAAGACCAAUCCCGAUGGCAGCGGUCCUGGAGAGCCAAGAAUCUUCAUGGGCAGUGGCUACUUUGGAAUAAUACCACCAGAAGCGAGAAUACAGCAACCGCACCACCAAUAAAUACGAAUUCUAUAUAUAUUUAUAUGUAACUGAAUGCCUAAUGAUAAUCCACAAGUAUUUUAUAUGAGAAAACAGUGAAACUUAUUGUCUUAUUUAAAAAGAGAACUUAAACCCGAAUCAUUAGUUUAGUUUUUUUUAAACUUAUAAAAUUGCAAAAUUAAAUUCCCAAAAUAACACUUUUCAAUAAUAUUAACAUAUAAAAAAAGGAAUAUAUGAACUUAAAAAUAAUUAUUAAAAAGCAAUGAGAAUUCCUACAAAGUUAGUAUAUAUUAGUAGACAUUUUAGUUGUUUGUUGCCUGAGCUCUUGUGAAACCAAAAUCUAAUAUAAAUACAUAAAUUAUUUACUUCAUCAUUGUUGGAUCGGACAAUAACCAUAUUAAUAAAUUUAACCGAAUGCGACCACUCCAAA